AGUAAUUUCAAACCAGAAUAGAAUACAUAUAACAAAGUCUAUUGUAACUGAAGAGUAAAUAAUAUGGACCAGAAAAACGCAGUACCUAGGGGAAAUAAUGGAAAUCAAGAGAGAAGUCAAAGAAUUGAUGAUCCCCAAAGACAUUAUAAUCCACAAUUCGGUUAUCAGACAAUGCAAGACGAGAGGGAAAUGAACAUGUAUCCAGGAAACCAGUAUGUAAUUCAGCAGGGUGAAGGCGACCAUAUUCCAGGAAGUUAUGUUGACCCUAUGGAGAGGCAAUAUAUGUAUAACUAUCCCAUGUACGAGGCUGGAAUCCCAGUAUACACUUCAAUUUCACCUUACAGAUACAGCGCUUAUCAAGCACAGCCUCCUUAUGAACAGUUUAAAAACGGACCAAGGGUAAUUUACGGUGGACAGGAUUUUGUUGAGAACCAAAGAUUCCAAACCCUACCGUUGCCCGAUGGAAAAGUUACACAUCGUCAAAAAAAGAAUUUCUUAUGUUGUUAA